CACUGGGACUUAGAGCCUUCAGAUGCACACUCAUUUCCACAGCAACACUCGCACAGAUCAGAAUCAUCUCUCUUCUCUAGCCUCACUGUGUUGAAAUGCUGAUGGAUUUAAGUUACUGCAGCCAGCCUAGCCUGCUUUCACAGCAGUAUCCUCCCCCUCUACUGCCCAAACCAGGGAGAGACAAUGCCCGUCUGCAGAAACUACUGAAGAAAAAUGCCAAGAAGAAAGUGGGCUCUUCCUCUCAGACACCCAUCCCAUUUCGGUCUAACCUAUCACCAGUAAAUGAGGCCAGCCCUGAUCUGGAGCACAGCAAUCACUCCACUCCUCCAAGGACUCCAGAAACCCCUCUCUUCAGCAGGACCCCCGACUCCCGCUAUUCCUCCAGCAGCCCUUCCUACCAUUACUCCCACUCGCCAUACUUAUACACUACCAAUAGCUCACACUACAGUUCCACGCCCACACUGUCUGCACAGUCAUACUCAAAACCUACCCGAUCCCUAGAGCACCAGAUAGCACCACUAUAUACAUGCUCAUCAAUUCUUUUUGAUGAUGACAUGGAGCAAGCCACAGACGCAGACCUAGAUCCAUCAUUUGAGAUAGCCUUCAGCCAAAUUCUUCAAUCCAGUUUCUCAGGAGUACAAAGCCUUUGUCAUGCAGUGGACACCUAUCAAGCCUUGCAAAACCAAGCUCCCAUCUUGGCUCCGGUCCAUCCUCCUGCUCCAAAUUUGACAUCAGCCUGUGCACCAGUUUACCAGACUACUGUUUCUCAGGUGGCAGCAAGCCACUCCAAUGGAGAAGGAUAUAAAAAUGUUGCACCUGCACUCAUAACUCAAAAGCCUCUUAAUCGCAUCAUGGAAACGUCAUACUUGUGCACUAGCACAACCUCCACAAUGCAGAAAAUGCCACAAACAAGGAUUUAUACUCCAAAGACCUCAUUUUAUGAAAUAUCAAAGCCACCUAUUGAGGAUGCUUUGGCAUGUAAUUCUGCUUAUCAAGCACUAUCCACUACAAAAACGGACACAACAACAGUAACAGAUGUUAAACAAAAUGCAAUGACAAUGUAUGAAACUAAAACACAUUGUCAACCAAAACCAAUGUCAAAACCAGUGCCAGGGGCAUACAGACCUGUUUUUCAACCUGGUGAAGAUAAUCAACCCUUGUUUCCAUUAAACUCUGUUUUAUCCUCCACAAAUGAAGAAAGAGUCUCUACAGAAAAUUAUCUGGGACCCAAACCUCAAAAUCAUUGGCUCCAACCUCCCUCAUCGAUAAAUGGAAUAACACAAAGUUCAGAAGUUGAUAAUGACAAUGGUCUAAUAAAUUCUGCUGUGGAUAAAAUGAAGAAUUCCACUCCAAAUAGUAUGGUUCACUUAGGAAUCAAACCAUAUAUUUCCAAGGCCUAUUCUGAGGAAUACUUGACACCAAAGAUUUCUAAAUGUGAAGUUUCCUUAUCCAAGACACUUGCUGAGUCUAGUAAGUCAAGCUCUAGAGCAUCUGAAGUGCUUAUAUCUACAGUUCCACAGGCAUAUCCAAUGUCCAGAACUUCAGAAACCUGUAUGAUGAUACAAACCAACUCUGUUCCAAAAUAUGCAAGUCAGGAGACAUCUAUGCUUGCACCUUCUCGCACUUACAACACACCCAGUACUCCUGUAUAUUGGUCACCAAGACCACCAGCACGUUUUGUGUGCAACCAGCAGCCAUCACAAACUGAAUCCUACAUCCCUAAACGAAAGUCAACCUACUACGGAUUGACACCUGCAGAAUAUAUUGCUUAUGGUGGAAUCAAGGUCCAUUUACAUGGCGAUCCUCCUGUAACUAAGCCUCAAGAACCUGAAGAUUUAAAAAACAUGACAUAUUCCAUAUCCAAACCUCCUACCAUGACAUCUAAAGAAAUAUCCAAUAUUGUAUCUGAUUUCAAGGCUGAGAAAUCUUCUGAUGUGCAGUUACCAGUUUCAGAGGCUUUACAAACUUCUGUGGUUGCAUUGACCUCACAAAACACAACAAAUCAAGAAAUAGUACUGGUAAAGGACACAACUGAAAUACAAAUGAUCAACAAUCCCACCUUGGACAUACCAGUCCAGACACACCUUGGAGUAAAAUCAAGACCUUUGGCUUUAUAUUCUGAUGAUUCAAUGUCCCAUGGGCUACAAACAACUUCUUUAAGAGAGCCACUAAACACAUCCAGUGCUGCAGUAGCAGAGGCUCCAAGACCACACAUUUCAGGGGCUAAAGACAUUUUAUCCCCUUUUAUGACAGAGGGGGAAAAAAUUCCAUCUUACCAUUUUCCCCUGGCACAAUCAAAUAUUCCAAACUCAAAUAUACCUGGAAAAUUAACAACAAAUUUCUUGUCGUUUCAAAAUAUUCCACUGCAAACAGCGCAGUCAGAGAAUGCAAACAGAUCUAUAUAUCCAACCGAAAGUUAUAAACCUGCAUCAGUGCAAACAAUGCAGUCGCAAGUUUCACCAAAUGUAGAGCAGAAAACCAAACUGUCAUCUUUACAAACUCACCAGCCUUGCUCCUCUGUCCACAGCUCUACUAUCAUCACCACAGGUAGUGAACUUCACAAUUUCAUAAACACCAACAAUGAAAUCCCAGCUGUAAAUAAAAUCAGAACAAACUCACCUAACAACAAAGAUUCUAGAAUGCCAUCUGCAGACACCAGAAGUUACAAUAAAGUUCCUCCUGAUAUUAAAUUAGCAGCCCUCUCAAAGCCAGAAGACCCUAAACCUGCAGCUCUCUCAAUGUUAGGUGCAUCUAUGUUUACAACCCCCUCACAGACAGAGGUAUAUAGACCUGAAGCCUCAUGUAAGCCUAAUACAUCCAAUCCAUUAUUUAUGUCCAAAUCAAAUGCAUCUAAUCCUACAAAUCUGAUUAAAUCUGACGUAUAUAAUCCUGUAAAUAAUUCUAAAUCAGAAACAUUGAAAUCUGCAGAUUUUGUUAAAUCAGAUGUAUCUUAUCCUGCAGCUCUGUCUAAGUCAGAAGCAAACAAAUCUGAAGUUUUAUCAAAACCAAUUACAACACUUCCCUCUUUGAAACCCACUGCUAAAAUCAACAUAAACGACGAAGACACCAAAAGUGAGCAAAUGCAAAAACAUGAAAUAAACCUGAAUUCUAUUUCAAACCAUUCAAACAAAACAAACACACCAUCCAAAAUCCCUUCAUAUGCACAGAUAUUUUCAGAGAAUCCUGUAGUUGUCAUCAACAAAGAGAUAGUUGCACCUAAUACUGAAGCCCCAGUCGCACACCUGGCAAUGGAUAAAUCUUCCAAGCAAGACAACAGCAAAGAAAACUUAACACUAAAAGGUGCAAUAACAGAGCUAAAACCAUCCAUAGAUUUUGCAUCAGACUUGAAGGACUCCAAUAACACAAACACUGUUUUCGAAGCUGCAGCUGAAGUUACAGCUGACUCUAAAUCAAGCUUCCACAGUUCAACAACACCACAAACCAAAACAACCCCAAAAAUCAAACAAUCUGAUAAACCAUCUAAAUCUACGAAAAUUGAAAUUGUGCAAUCCAAAUCCUUAAAAACUGAUACUCAAAACCCUUUAGCAUGCUUAAUAUCAAAUGCCAAGUCUAAAGCGCAAAGUACAGAAACAAGCCUUGCUGCCAUGCUUCUGAAGGCUGCCAAAUCUCUACCACUCUCUUCAUCUAAAGAAUCAAAAAACUCUGCUAAGUCCCAGAUAGAAGUCAAAGCACCCAAUUUAAUUGCAAAUUCUAGAAUGGAUGGAAAGGCACAAUAUGCUAAAGACAGUAAAGAUAGUGAGUCAAACUCCAAGUCUGCUGCCCAAAAACCUCAUGAAUGUUUGAGAGAUUCAGUAGCCACUGAGAGACAAAACUAUGCUGUUGACAUUGAGGUGUCCAAUAAAAAUAAGAGCCACACAUCAGACAUGGACGGCAAGGUUAGCAAAGAAACUCCAUCUGAUCCUGCAUCAGGGGAUUACAAGACACAAAUUGAACUUAAGGCUUCUCAGAAACCCAAUGGUCUAAAGGCCAAACUCAGUGGCUGGACAAGGCUAAAGAAACACAUGGUGGUUGAACCUGAUGCACCCAGUUUUCCAGAGACUGAGAAAAAUGCAGAGAAAACAGACAGCAAGACAAGUGGUAAUAACAAGUCUUCAGGUACCAAAGAAGAGUCUGCUGGUCAGGAUGUUGUGAAAAUGAAAGAGGAGCCCAGGUCAGCAAAAAUGUGGGAUGCUUUACUUUUUCAUAUGUUCUCCACAAAGGAGAACAUUAUGAAGCAGAUUAAUUCCAACAAAACAGAGGAACAGCAGAAGAAAAUAGAGAAAGAUGACCAGCUAGUUCCUUCAUUUGUCCACCGCCUGCCCGUCCUUCUUUAUAGCCCACGCUUUGAUGCUCGAAAGCUGAAGGAGGCGGCCGCAAAACCUCUUAACAAAAUAGCUACAGCCUUUGAGAGAGGGCUGUUGCAACGCAAACAAAAAGGUGAAGAGCCAAAAGACUUCAACAGAAUAGCCAAAGGAUUUGGUACACAUACAUCAAAAACUACAGAUGUUUGAUUUUGAUUAUUUAAUUUUGUUCUUCUUCAUGGAAUCAUCAAAACGUCUACUGAGCUCUGCUCUAAGCAGUGCUGUGAUGGACUGGUCAGUAGAUAGUGAGGCCUAGGGCAUUGCUAUAUUGAGAUGGCUGAUGGAAAGGGCGACUGAUGGGUGCAGCUGUCCAGUAUGUGGAAGGAACACUAUGGAGAGUGAGGAAGUGAGUAAGGUCUGAAAAUGUAAUGGUGAGAAUGAUCAACAAGGAAAGUGUGGCAUCCAGGGGAUGGAUUUGGGGUUCAGGUUUUGUCUUGUCAGUUGAGUCGGGUAGCAGACAUGUUGAGAAUAGAGUGCUUCAGAAUGUGAAGGUUUGAGGGUUAUCAGAGGCCUGUUCAUUUACAUAGCAGCAGUGGAUUACAAUUUUACAUGGAGUGACGUUUAAAAUAAAAUGUGGAAUUAUUGAGGAUUAAAAAUAUCAAUGUUUAUCAUGAAAUUUGACAACAAUUAAAAAUCCUCACUCCUUGUAUCAUGAUAAAAGUAUAGAGUAGUUUAAUUUUUGUUCUAAAUAGAUUUUGUUUGAAACUAUUUUGGUGUUGUCUUACUGAUUGUACUGUGUUUCUUGUUUACUGAUGUUUGUAGCAAAAUAUUGAGUGAUUUUUUUAUGCUUAUGGAUUUAUUUGUCGCUCAGUUUUUGUGAAGAGCUGUGACCCGCAUGAUUAUGUUGACAGGUGUGACAACAGGGAUGUGACAAACACAAUACUGCUUAGGGCUGACAGGAAACUUUUCUUUAGAAGCUGGUAAUUAUGGCAGCCCUGUUCUACAAUUAUGGCAGGUCUGUACUUUAAGGAUCUCUGCAGCUGACUGCUGUGUCAUACCCUCAGGAUUACUCAUUCUACAUCCACAUAACUAAAGUUAGGUUAAAUUUGACCACACAACUCUUGUAUAUUAAGAAGGAUAUGGCUGCACAGAUUUUAAAUAAACACUUGAAAUAAAACAAAGGUGGAUGUAUUAUGCCAAUUUCCAUUGUAAGAUCAAGGUGAGAAAUCACAACAAACUCUAAAACUCUCUAAUCAUCACACACCUGCUCUACCCUGUACACUGAAGGUAUUUUAACACA